AGAGAGACAGAGAGAGAGAGAGAGGAAGAGAGAGAGAGAGGGGGAGGGAGGUGCUCAAUUAUCUGCUGUUCAAUUAUUAACUCAAAGAGUUUAAAAUAGAGAGGCAGAACUGAGAGCGACAGAGGUAAAGAGAGAACCAAAAGACUCAGAGAGACAGUCUACAGACAAACAGAGAGAGGUUUGGGUUGGUCAGCCUGUAACCACUCAGCUCUGACAGACAGACAGACAGACAGACAGACAGACAGGUGUUGGAUGUUAUUUAAGCGUUAUGGAGCUGCUACCCUCGCUGCUGUCCACGCUAAAGACUCUGGAUUCUGGGACUCUGGAAAAGGAGUACAAUGUGGUGCGUUCACAGACCUCCGUGUUGAAGAGAGGUCCCAGUCUGAGGACCGAGGUCGGCGCUCUGAAAGAAAACAUCAAGAAGAACCGAUACAAAGACAUCCUGCCAUAUGACCAGUCUCGAGUGGUGCUGUCUCUGCUGACCUCAGACUCUGACUCUGAUUACAUCAACGCCAGCUUCAUCCAGGGGGUAGCAGCAGGCAGCAGUUACAUCGCCUCUCAGGGCCCCCUCAGCUCCACUGUGAUUGACUUCUGGAGAAUGAUUUGGCAGUAUGACGUCAAGGUGAUAGUCAUGGCCUGCAGAGAAAUAGAGAUGGGAAAGAAGAAGUGUGAGUGUUACUGGUCUCCAGUUCAGCAGUCUGCUGCGUUUGGACCGUUUACAGUCAGCAACGAGGAGGAGACGCGUCCGAAUGAAGAGAUAGUGGUCAGAAAUCUGACCGUCACCUACCAGCAGGACAGCCGUUCCGUGACUCAGUAUCAGUAUCUGUCGUGGCCGGAUCACGAUGUUCCCUACGAGGCUGCAGGAGUCCUGGACCUGCUGGAGAGAGCCAGAGACAGCCAGGGAACACACACCUCGCCUCUGCUGGUACACUGCAGUGCGGGCUGUGGGAGGACCGGAGUCAUCAUUGCUCUCGACUACAUCCAUGACCUGCUGGUUACCGAGCAGAUCAACACGACAGACUUCAGCAUCAUGAACAUCGUCCUGGAGCUGCGGAGACAGAGACCCUCGGCAGUCCAAACUAAAGAGCAGUAUCAGUUCAUCUUCACAGCAGCCAUCUGUAUGUUCGAGCGACUCCUGAAGGCAGCCGACGAGCGUCAGCUUUACUCCAACCUGUCGCAGCAGCAGAAGAAACCCGUGAAACCACCUCCUGUCUCCAAGAGAUUGUCACAGCAGCCGGACAUGAAUGAUACGUACGCUGUGGUCAACAAGCCCAAACACCCCCCCACAGUAGACCCCGCCCACUCUGCUGUAGCCCCGCCCAGAUCCACCAGGACCCUGCCCCCGUCCCCGUCCCAUUACUAUGACAACGACCGUGCAGGAGCAUCGGCAGCGGCCGUCUACAGCAGCGUCAGACCUCGAACUAAACCAAACACCCUGCCGCUCUCGGUCACGCCCAUCUACGACACGGCACAGCCAUCCAAUCACAGGCUGGAGGAGGGGCUGCUUCCAGUUAAACGUCUUUCAUCAACGGACCACGAUUAUGAAGAUUUGUCACCGUCAGUCCCGGACAUGACCCUCUGCUCACCUGGCGGUAUCGGGUUUAACUGUCGUAUUCAGAAGCCGAGAGGACCCCGAGACCCUCCGGCCGAGUGGAGCCGCCUGGAGAGAUGAAGCCGUUAAACUUCACUGGUUCCCUUCACUAACAGACUGGGAAGAUAAACAGGGUUUUAUUAACGUUUUUGUAACUAUUUUGAUGCUUCAUUUGACAUUUUGUCGAAAUUUCCAGUGAGGGUGUAUUUGAUGUCCAUUAAGUAAUGUUGGAAUUUCCCCCGCCGAUUGUCACAAUAAAAUACCAAGGAUAGCUGUCUGUCCGCAUCUAUUUGGGAAGGCUUGAGCCUACAUUACCUGUCGCCCACGGUCGAAACGCCCUCAAAGAAAUGCCUAAAACAU